ACUACCUGUAGGAUCACUUUGCCACUGUGCUGACACAAGUCAGCUUCUCUCUCCGAAGGCUCUUCUCUGCAUUGAGGGUUUACUUCACCAUGUCUUCUGACCAGGACAGCUGCUUCCUCUGUAAGGAAUAUCUGAGGGACCCUGUGUCCAUCCCGUGCGGCCACAUCUUCUGCUCCAUCUGCCUGAAGACCUACUGGGAUCAUGCUGACCACACCGGCUCGUACCUCUGCCCGCAGUGCAGGGUAACUUACAACAAGAGGCCCACUCCGAGGCGCAUGGGAGGCUCUCGGUACUCCACCAUGCCCCGCAACUCGGAGUCCUUUCCGCCGCCACCUCCGUCCCCGGACUACAACUAUGCCGGACCCCAAGAUGUUGGUUGUGACAUUUGCGUUGGCAAAAAGCACAAAGCCAUCAAGACCUGCCUGAUGUGCCUGGCCUCCUACUGCGAGAAGCAUCUGAAACCCCACUUUGAGUCGGCCACUUUCAAAAGGCACAAGCUGGUUGAUGAGAUCGGCCACCUGGACAGGCAGAUCUGUCCACAGCAUCAGAAAGGCCUGGAGCUGUACUGCCGCACAGAUCAGAUGUGUAUCUGUGUGCUGUGUACGGUGAAAGAACAUAAGGGACACGACAUGGUGUCAGCAGAGCAGGAGAGAGCAGAGGAGCAGCAACGUUUGGGUGCCACCCAGGCUGAGAUCCAGGAAAGGAUUCAUGACCGUCUCAAGCAGAUGGAGGAGCUGAAACAAGCUGUGGACUCGCUCAAGAACUCGGCCCAUAGAGCGCUGCAGGAAUGCGAGAAAAUGUUUAGCGACAUGAUGCGCUCCAUAGAGAGGAUGCAGACGGAGAUGGCCAAGCUGAUAUCGACAAACAAGAGAGCUGCCCUCAACAACGCAGAGGGCCACAUGGAGCGUCUGAGUCACGAAAUUGCUGACUUGAAGAAGAGAGACAAUGAGAUCACUCAGCUGUCCCGCACUGAGGACCACAUCCACUUCAUCCAGAGUUACCACAUGUUGAUAGCCCAGACAGAGGCUGAGGAGUUGCCUUCAGUGACCGUGAAUCCCUACUUCACCUUCGGCUCCGUUACCAAGGCCGUGUCCGAGAUGAAGCAGCAUCUGAACGAAUUUAGCAAUGAUGAGCUGGUGAAGGUCGCCAAAACAGUGAACAAAAUGGCCUUCUGUCAGCUGGACGAGCCCAAAAAGAAACACUCCAUUAAAGCUGAAGAGGCUGCAAUGUACAAGUCCGUCCCCGUCCAGGAACCUCACUACAGGGAUGACUUCAUGAGAUAUGCUUGCCAACUCACUCUGGACCCAAACACAGCCUACCGACAGCUCUACUUGUCUCGAGGGAAUAGAAAGGCCACCCUCAAGAGAGACCCCCAAUCUUAUAGCGACAACCCAGCCAGGUUCGACUCCCUGCCCCAGGUCCUAUGUAAAGAGAACCUUGCUGCAGGCGCCUACUACUGGGAGGUAGACUGGAGUGGGGAAGGGGCUGCCAUCGGAGUCACCUACAAAGGCAUCAAGAGGACGGGCUACGGAGAUGGCUGCCGCAUUGGCUACAACCGCAAAUCGUGGAGCCUGUUCUGCUCCGACUCCAGCUACUCAGCCCGCCAUAACAAAGAUCAGAUAGAAAUCAACGCGCCUUACUCCUCCCGCAUCGGGGUCUUCCUGGACUACGAUGGGGGCACUCUCGCAUUCUACGCCGUAGGAGAUACCAUGUCCCUCCUCCACCGCUUCAAGGCCUCCUUUACCGAGCCCGUCUAUCCAGGCUUCUGGAUUUGGUACGACUCUGCCAUCACCCUCAACCAGCUUUAAUCAAACAACAUUCGUCUAAUGAUCACAGUACAACCACCUGUGAUUACUUUUUAUACAUAUAAAUGCAUGUUACCAGAAUAUUUUUGCUGUUUUUACAUUGAAAAUGUGUGCUGAUCAAAGGGAAGCUUAUGUUGGAUGUGAAUUUUCUUUGACUUAAUAUGAACCAAUAUUAGGGGGAAAGCAUUUAUAGAGGAACUCCAGACAUUGUAAACUGUCAGUGAUUGAUGUAUGUUAUGAUCAUUUGAUAUUAAAGUUAUUUUUAGCAGUAAACACUUGAUGUAAUACCAAA